GAAGUUUUUGGAAAAAUAAUGAUGGAGGAAACUGAAAGGUACAGACGCUGUAUCUUAUCUUAUCUGCAGGAGUACAGGCAGCAACGUUUCUUGCGCAUGUAUCCCUCGUGCAUGGUCUUCGUUCCUUGGAUAUCUUUAUGGGCUUUUAUAUAUGAUUGACUUCUCUUUAACAGUUUGUUGUAGUGUAACAUAAUUUUUCAAAGACAUGUCUUCUUUCCCUAGAUCAUCCGAAAAUUCAACUGUGGACGCAAAACAGAUCGGGUGCAGUUUUGCUAAGUCGUGGACAGCGACAUCUAACGAUAAAGUGAGUGCUUUGUAAUGAUACAAAAUAACUUAAUGUUUGCCUUUUUGCCUGAUGGCUAAGUUUAGUGCAUUAAUAAUCGGACUUAUUGUGUUUCAAAUAAAUUUGGUUUGUUGUACGUGUGUUGAAAUAUUCUACAUGGAUAUUUUGGAGCAAGAAACGCGCCCCCUUUUUUAUAUUUUAUUGUGUGACAUAUAUACGCGCCGCUCAAUUCCCCCCGGGCAACCUCCGUGGCAUUUGACUAUUUAAGACAGGCUUCUUGACUGUGAAAUACCCUUCACAAAAAAGAAAUGUUUAAAUUGUGAAUUUUGGUGACAUUCUGCUUUUUUGCAAGUCUAACUAUUUCAAUUUCAUUUGAGAAAUCUCAAAAUAUUUAAACUGAUUGUUUUCAUGCUACACUAUUUGAAUGCUCUAUCCACUAUUUGUUAACAUUAGUGUAUAAAAUCUGUUUGAUCUCCCCUCACAAGAGAGGCCUUGGAUUGCACUAGCCUGAGUAAACAGUUGACAUUUUGCAACGCCACCACCAGUUUCCCCGCAAAAUCAUGUCUGAGGAACAGGCAAAGAAAUUCCGUACUGAUAACACGUCACUACUCAGAUCAGGGUAGUACUUGCUUCUGAUUGGUCGUGCCGUAUGAGGAAUUUGCUCCAAACAACAGAAGCACUACCCAGAUCUGGGUAGUGAUGCCUCAUCAGUAUGGAAUUUCUGUGCUUGUUACUCAGACAUCAUUUCGUGAGGGAACCAGUGGUGGCAUUGCAAAAUGUCAGCUGUUUUCAUAGGCUAGGAUUGCACCAGUGGGCAUCAAAAGCCACUUAAAAGUUUUAGAGGAGAUCCCCCCCUCCCCUCGGACAUCCACCUCCAUAGCCUCUCUGACAUCAGAUACUGACACUGAAGGCCCUUGAAUCAUCUGGCUGAAUGGAUACCUCAGUUGGCUAAUUUUCUCCCUUAGCUUCAUGCCUGCUAUGCAUGUCUCAUUGUUCAGUUAGAACUAAGAUUUACAGUAAUGAGCUGCAACCUGUUAGCUUUUUCAAGAAGAAAUCACAGUUUUCUCUUCAAUAUUUUUUUAUAGGAUAAAUCAGAAGGAGUAACAGUAUCAGAGACCUUUCACAAUUAUUCUAACAUGUAAGUUUGGAUCAGUAUAUCCUGUAGGUCAAAAUGAAAGUAAUGUUAGAGUUUGAUUCUCAGUUUCCAUUGUUUCAUAACCUUAAUACAGUUGAACCUCCAUGUGCGACCACUUCUCAUAAGACCACCUCCCAUAAGCAACCGCCAGUCCAAAACACCACAAUUUUCCCAGUCAAAGCCUUACAGUUGGAACCUCUAGUAAAUGACCACCUCCUGUAAGCGACCACGACCAGCUUUUGGGCGUUAUGGUUAAUAUUUUCCAUUGUUUUUAACCUCUUGUAAACGACCACUUGACGCAUUCUCUGAUCUCUAUUUUCACUGUGUGCACUAUGUUACUUAGAAUAUACAAAGAACUUUAGUGACAACAUAGAACUACACUUAUCCUAACUUAAACAUUGCAUGCAAUAAAUUAUCUUCCAUAAAGUAGAUGUGCUUGGACCUCUUCUUGGAAGAGACCCAUUGGGGUUUGAUUCUUGUAAAUGACCACCUCCUGCAAGCAACCACUCAGUCUUUGCAUUUUGGGUGGUCGCUUACGGGAAGUUCGACUGUCAUUUAUUAUCAAGUUUUCCUGAUCAUGAAUAAUUAAGGCCAGGACACAAAGGAAAUUGAGAAUCAGUCUAGGUUGUCGAGUUUUUUAAAUAAUGCUCAUUAAUUUAUUGAUUUCAUAUCAUGUACAAUGUGAGUCAAUCACACAUGCACUUGUUUGCGACUUUUUGAUAGCUUCAGAUGUACAGAAUUUUAUACCACUAUAUUUUUUUAAAUGCAUAUUUUUUACUUAAUAUUUCCAUAAAGAGUUGCAAAUGUAAUGAUCUUAAAUGAUAAUUUAAUAGCUUAUAUAGGGCUAUUUACAUAAUUAUGCUGAUCAAUAGCGCUUAACAAAAUAAAAAUAUAUAUAUUAAAAACAUUAUUAAAUAGGAAGUAAUUUUUAAAAUGCAGACCUAAACAAAAACAUCUUAAGUUUGUUUUUAAAAACAGCAAGUGUUGUGACAUUACAAAAGUUCCCAGGUAGGCUGUUCCAUGAAGCCAGUGUGGCAAAAGUAAAAAUACCUGCCACCGAGUAUAGGGCGCAUUAUCUCCUGUGGAACUUCUAAUAAUAGGCUUUUGUUCUAGCAUAAUGCGUGUGAACUCUUGUGCUUCACUUGUAUCAAAUCACUAAGAUAGGAUGGCGCCAGUCCAUAAAUUGAUAAGAAUAAUAAUUAGAAUCUUAAAAUUGAUAAGAAUUAGAAUCUUAAAUUGAUAAGAAUUAGAAUCUUAAACUUGAUAUGAUGGGUGAUGGGAAAAUAAUAUCAGAGAUAUGUGUUUUUUUUUUCUUCAGAGGAACAAAAGAAAAAGAAAGUGAACCAAUUGAAUUGGAAAGUGAAGAGGUUGAAGUCAUCGCUGUGGUGGACCAGUCAUCAGACCUGGAAGACGAAACAAGUAAUUGGAAGAAUUCUACAUGUACAGACAGACCACAAGGUACUGAACCUGUACAAAGCUCUGCAACACAGGGGCCCAUGCUUUUGAAUCUCGAUUCCCAUGAAAAUGUGACUCAAGGACCAUUUGUGCCCCCACAUGUUUCAUCUGGUGGAACUCAACCUGCCCUGGUGUUUUUUUUAGGGUCACCUGGUGUGACUGCUACUGGUGAGAUUCCAUCUGUUUCUACAGCAGGUGCCUCGUCAAUGCCAUUUGCAAAUGCGUUGUUCUUUACUCAGCCUGUCACUCUAAGUGUUGUUCCUCAGGAUUCUUCAUCUUCCAGCAGCGGAGUCAUUGAAAAAGCUAUGGAACUAGCAAACUUUCAAACAAAUCCUGCACAAAGUGAGUAUCAACAAAAUUCAGCACAAGUGGUGGUUUCUACAGGUGGUUUGAUCCCAGCUAAUACCAACAGUUGCACCAUGGCGCCAGGUGUGUCACAAGAUGCGCUGCCAACAGAUCAAUCAUUUGGUGCACUCACCCAAGUUUCUCAGAACAUAGUCAUAGCACAAUCUGUUGUGACAGGGGAGAAUGUACCCAUUGACAAUGUAUCUCAGUCCAUCACAGUACAGACAUCACAAGUCAUGCAGAAUCCAGGCUUAACAGACUUACAGUCCUUUGCAGGAGAAUUGCCAGCAGGAAUGUCCAGUGCAGAAGUAGCCGGUACUGUGCAGGCAGACAGCUAUGAGGAACGACCUAAAAUAAAUACAACCAAGAAGAUUGUACGAAUCAGAGAGGUCAUGACGCAGACCGGGGCAGAGCCUGAGAUUAUGAUUUUAGCUGAAAGAAGGCUGGACAUUGGAGAGGGUUCACAAGAGGAGCCUGUCAACAACUGGCCACAAAAGACUGUAAAGAAACCAGGUUGGUUUGAUAAAAUGCUGUUAUUAUUAUGUUAUUUUACUCACUAUUGCUUACAGUUAUUAGAGGUUAGUUUAGUUAUCUACUAACAGAUAACUGACUUUUCUGUAGGUUCAUGCACAAUGUUUAUGUUUGAUUUCCAAGAGCAAUGUCAAACUGUGUUCUGUUCCACUUGGUGUUUGUCAUUAUUUUCUUCAAAACAAUGUGUAAUAAAACAAUUCUAGGUUUGGUUUUUGUGUGGUCCAGAAUAAUCAGAGUAAUAAUUUCAGUAUAAAGUGUAUACUACCUUAUCUUGAUUAUUCUGUAUAUCACAAAAACCCUUAUACAAUAUUGUUUGUUAUCACCCAUCUUCAUGUUUUAAACUCUUGUCUAGCCACUAGAAUGCACAUCAAGGCAUUGUUGUUAGGGAGCACUACAUGUACCCCUCAAUUUACCAAAAAGUAAGCUUUUUUUCCAACAACUACUGCACAGCUGUUUCAAUUUUACAGGGUGUUAGUCCUCAUGCUCAGAUUCUUCUUUAACACUCGUACACUGUAAUUAUUCAUCCCUGGCCAGACUGUUGUCAGAGUGAAGUUGUUCAGUGUUUCAGCAAACAUUGUUUGACCAUUUGGUCACCCAUGUUGGAUGAUGUUCAUGCAACAUUUUUAAUUAGCUUGUUCAAAAUAAUUAAUAAUUUUGUUUUCAAAAUAAUGUUCUAUUUAAAGAGGCUGCAAAGGUCAGACGCUAUGGAUGUGACAAAUGUAAUAAAAAGUUCUUUACCAACAAUGAUCUAAGACGUCACCAAACAAGCCAUCAAGAUUCCAGGCCAUUUAUCUGCCAGGUAAUCCUUUAUUGCUCCCAGAGGGAUUUCGCCCAGAGGCGAAAAGAACGGGGGCAGCUGUAGUAUCAACUGUUACUAGUUAUGGUCAUAAAACACUAGAGGCAGUUUUUUUCAAGUCUGUUUUGCUCUGCCAGUGGUGGAUGUGGCUAAGGACUCGACUCAAUGUCUGCCCCACCUUGAAAUGAAUUUUCCAUUGUUAGUGCAAAACUGAAUGUAAAUAACAACAGCUUUCCUAGCCUGUGAACAGAUGGAAAUUAACUUCUGGUUAAUUUGGUCUGCAAAACAGCACCCAAAUCAUUGUAUGUUAAAUAUCAAUGUCAUUCUAUGUUAAAUUACGGGGAAAAAACAUCCUUGAAAAAAAAAUUAAUGAUUUUGGUCCUUGAAAAGGCCUUGAUUUUUUUCCCCAAAAAUUAUAAUCAUACCAUGCAACUAGUCCAUUUCCUUCCAGUUGGGAUUCUUAACCUCAUUAUUUUCCAUUUGAAUCAUUACUAACAAUGUAAUUUUCUUUCUUUAUCCCUCAAAGAUAAUUUUAGUUUUUAUCAUCAUUAUUAGUAUCAUUAGAUAUCAUUAUUUAUUUUGUAUUCUUAUUUUUAUUACUGUUGAUGUAGGAAUGUCAAAAAGGAUUUAGAACUGCUGGGGAACUCAACAUCCAUAAGGCUAUUCAUGUGCAGGUCAAACAGUACAAGUGUGAAUACUGUGGCAAAGAGUUCCGCACUAAGGGCUGCAUCAAAUCUCACAUCAAGUACCAUAUUGGUGAGUAGUGAGCCUGAAUAUCAAGCGGGGACAGUUUAAUUUUGACUUUGGUUUGUUGUGUUUGACGUUAGAAAAACACAACACAUAAUCUUGGGAUUCCUGUGGUACUCAGUUGAGAUUCCUGUGGUACUCAAGGGUGACCUUUUGUGGUACUCAUUUUGUUGUGCGUCUGCAUUUUCUGCGCCAUCUUGAAUAAUGUAUCUCAUAGGCACAAAAAUGUUAAAUACAAUUAAUUUGACAUACACUUUGGUUGCAUUGUGCAAUGGAUAAUGCGUUGCCCUUACACGUCGAAGGUCUCGGGUUUGACUCCAGCCGGGUGAGACUUUUUAAUUUUUUUUGCACAGGAAGCAGUUUGCAGCAUCAAUUUAUUAGGAAAUAAUGUCACAUUUGACAGUAAACCUAAAAAAGCUCAAACACACUUCCUAAUGUGAGAUUACUACUAGUUUAUGUCGAUAUUAUGGUUCAGUCCAAGGUUCUUUGUCAAUUUCUGAAAUAUCUAAUUAAUAUUGGUCUCUGGUUGUUAUCUAGGGGACAAACGGCAUAAAUGUACAGAGUGUGACCGAGCAUUUGUCAAAAGUGCAGAUCUCAAGCGCCACAUGGCAGGUCACAAGAAUGAAAAGAACUUUGAGUGUGAAGACUGUGGUUCUGCUUUCACGCGACGAGAUAACUUGAAAGCACACAGACUGUUGCAUUCUCGGGAAUCAGUUGUUACAUGUGAUUUGUGUUCCAAGGAGUUUAUCAAUGCAGUUUACCUAAAGCGACACAUGCACAUACACAAACAAGCCAAGAAGAAGCCUUAUGAGUAAGUUGUUGAUACAUGUACGUGUUUGUCUAAGUGUUUAAAAAACUUAAAAGAUGUAGGCAGAGAAAUGUGUAUUUAUCAAGUUCCGCAUGGCAUUCUCAAUUUGCAUAAUAUUGAUUUGUAUUCUGCAAAGGUGAUUGCAACAGUUUUAUGAUUUGUCUCUUUGCCUUAAAUUUAAGGCUCUAUGCUUUACCAGGUUGCUUUUGUGUUGGCACAAAAACCAUGCCUGAUAGGUCUUCUGUUCACACAUAAGAACGGCUAUUUUCAGGGGCGGAUCUAGGGGGAGGGUGCAGGGGGUGCGCACCCCCCCCACCCCCCUGAGAUGACCUGCGGUUUUCUAAUACAACUGGUAUUCUGCAAAAAAAAACUAUGUGGUUUAUUGGUGUUGAAGUAGAACAAGAGACGAGUGCACCCCCUCCUAAAAAAAAUCCUGGAUCCGCCCCUGAUUUUGGUGCAAUUUCUGUAACGGAGCGAAGCUGCACUGCACUGAUCUCGAAAGUGAAGAGCCAUUUAUUAGAUAGGUGUUCAUAAUAUGCCAGAUAGCUUUUCGCACUGGUGAACAUAACCCAAGAGAAGCUGAGCUUUAAAACAAUCUGGUAUUUGAUCAGGAUUUGACACAAAUUCAGUGCCAUUUUCAUUUCUCUCCAGGUGUCAGUGGUGCCCUAAGACAUACGAACAGCUAGAAGGACUCAGACGCCACAUCCGUCAGCAUGUAGGUGAUGAAAAGUUUAUCUGUAAAGAAUGCGGAAAAAAGUUUAUAACCAACAUCCAACUCAAAAGACAUCUGUGGCUCUCUCACGACCAAGACAGUCCAUACAGAAAAUCUAUUCUAUCGUAAAUUUGAAAGUAGUACGAAAAAAAAAAUUUGCACUCAGCCCCCAACUGAAAAGACAUUUUGUUAUCACAUAAACAAGACAGUCCAUAUGGAAGAUCCUCUUUGUCACCAAAAACGUUUGAGUAAAAACCAUAGUAAACAGAUUCUGGAAGGAUAUCUGCUGCUCUCUUGAUUGACAGGUGACACCUGUUGCUGAAUGCCUCUCCACCUGUACUGUGAACACUUUUCAUAUCCUGGAAAUAAUCUUGUCAUCUUUGUGUACCACUUUUACUUGACACAUUCGCCACUUUAAAAACAAGAAGGAAACGGCCUGGGUUGAUUUAAAUUUUGCAAAGACCUCUGGGGGAGGUUAACCCUUUAAGCCCCAAUAUCCACAUACAAAUUCUCCAAACUGAACUCCAUACAUUUCCUUUAAGAAUUACUUGAGAGAAUUUGAUAAAAGAUCAAGGCAUUUCCCUUUGGUGAUCAUUUUAUUAAUUCUUAUAACUUUAUCUCUUGACAAUGUAUGGAUAUUAUUAGGAGAAAAUUGUUUUUGGUCACUAUUGGCACUUAAAGGGUUAAGUUGCUGGGGACAUGCAAUUCAGCUAUUGGCCACUUUGUUUUCACUGUCCCCAGUAACAGUCCCAAAAGUCUUUGCAAAAGUUAACUCGGCCCUCUAAAGUGGUGAAUGACAGCUUUACUUUCCUCAAUACAAUGUAAGAACUGCUGUUGCACAAGUAUCCUACAAGUACCCAGCGUGCAAAGAAAGUCGUGUCCGAUAUCCGGGGCUAGUGGAUUUUGCUAUUGGACUAGUGAAUUCUGUUUUUAACAUGCCCGACAGGCAAAUGAUGUUUUUUGAAGAAUUCGAAUAACAGAAGAACUGUGAAAUCAAUUCUGCUUGUCAAAAAGCUUGAAAUGAUGUCUGGGCUAGUAAAUGUUAGCUUCAGUUUGCCUAAAUGGCAAGCUGUAAAAAUGAUUAUUCUUUGCACCCUGGUACCUCCUGUCGUGGCAUGCCCUGAGCUCGCACUCAGCAAUCCAAUUUUUUUUUU